AUGAUAACUACUAUUAAUGUAUUAAUGUUAUUAUUAUUAUUAUUAUUAUUAUUAUUAUUAUUAUUAUUAUUAUUAUUAUUAUUAUUAUUAUUAUUAUUAUUAUUAUUAUUAUUAUUAUUAUUAUUAUUAUUAUUAUUAUUAUUAUUAUUAUUAUUAUUAUUAUUAUUAUUAUUAUUAUUAUUAUUAUUAUUAUUAUUAUUAUUAUUAUUAUUAUUAUUAUUAUUAUUAUUAUUAUUAUUAUUAUUAUUAUUAUUAUUAUUAUUAUUAUUAUUAUUAUUAUUAUUAUUAUUAUUAUUAUUAUUAUUAUUAUUAUUAUUAUUAUUAUUAUUAUUAUUAUUAUUAUUAUUAUUAUUAUUAUUAUUAUUAUUAUUAUUAUUAUUAUUAUUAUUAUUAUUAUUAUUAUUAUUAUUAUUAUUAUUAUUAUUAUUAUUAUUAUUAUUAUUAUUAUUAUUAUUAUUAUUAUUAUUAUUAUUAUUAUUAUUAUUAUUAUUAUUAUUAUUAUUAUUAUUAUUAUUAUUAUUAUUAUUAUUAUUAUUAUUAUUAUUAUUAUUAUUAUUAUUAUUAUUAUUAUUAUUAUUAUUAUUAUUAUUAUUAUUAUUAUUAUUAUUAUUAUUAUUAUUAUUAUUAUUAUUAUUAUUAUUAUUAUUAUUAUUAUUAUUAUUAUUAUUAUUAUUAUUAUUAUUAUUAUUAUUAUUAUUAUUAUUAUUAUUAUUAUUAUUAUUAUUAUUAUUAUUAUUAUUAUUAUUAUUAUUAUUAUUAUUAUUAUUAUUAUUAUUAUUAUUAUUAUUAUUAUUAUUAUUAUUAUUAUUAUUAUUAUUAUUAUUAUUAUUAUUAUUAUUAUUAUUAUUAUUAUUAUUAUUAUUAUUAUUAUUAUUAUUAUUAUUAUUAUUAUUAUUAUUAUUAUUAUUAUUAUUAUUAUUAUUAUUAUUAUUAUUAUUAUUAUUAUUAUUAUUAUUAUUAUUAUUAUUAUUAUUAUUAUUAUUAUUAUUAUGA